ACGUGGGGGGGGGACAUGGGGACACGGGGGGGUCCCGGCGCCCCCCGACCCCCCCGCCCCGUGCAGUGCAGCUCGCCCCUGCCCGGUCUGCGCACCCAGGACGUCUGCUGCCGGGGGGCUGGCGUGGCCUGGGGGGUGCACGAGUGCCAGACCUGCGACGCCAACCCCCCGAACCCCCCCGCCGUGGGGCAGCACCCCUGCCCCAAAGGUUUCCGCCGCGCCAACGGCUCCUGCGUGGAUGUGGAUGAGUGCCAGAGGGGGGUUUCUGCAGAACGGGCUCUGCACCAACACCCGGGGCAGCUUCGCCUGCCUCUGCCACGAGGGCUUCAUCCUGGACUCGUCCCGGAGCAGCUGCAUCUCCCACCAGGUGAUCUCGGAGGCGCGGGGGCCAUGUUACCGGGUGCUGCGGGAGGGGCGCUGCGCGCUGCCCACCCUGCGCAACAUCACCCGCCAGAUCUGCUGCUGCAGCCGCGUGGGCAAGGCCUGGGGGCCGGCGUGCCAGCGCUGCCCCCCCUUCGGCUCCGAGGGGUUUCAAGGAGAUCUGCCCCGCCGGCCCCGGCUACCACUACUCGGUCCUCCGACCCUGCACUACAACACCCUCUACCUGGGCCAGGACCUGCCCCGUGUCCCCCUGGGGCGUCCCCGUGUCCCCUCCCCAGCUGGGACCGCCGCCCGUGA